AUGGUUCACAGAAUGGUCUUUUGGGCCGGCUUCGGCUUGGCCACCCGCGCCUGGCAACUGGGCAUCGAGCGACGACCCAUCCUCGGCAAGCAAACCCUCUGGGGCUACCCCGUCUUCGCAGCCAUCGGCGCCAGCUUCGGCUACUGGGUUCAGGGCGUGGACGAGCGACAGCAGGCCAUGCUCCAGGAGCGCAAGCAGGCCAUUCUCGACAAGAGGGCGCGGAGGGCGGCGAGGCAACAGGAGGCUGGCCAGGGUGAACCCAAGGCGGCGGCGCAUUAA